ACCCAAGUUGUUUGGCCGUCCCUUAUAAAGCCACUUUCCACCCAAGAGGGCUCAGAUGAUCGCGAUCAGACUUUCUAUCAGGAGCUUAAACGAGAAGAGAUUUUCCUCUGGGCAGCGGAAUACUUCACUCUAAGACUUUGUAAUCGCACUUAUCUAGACAGGACGAUGAUGAUCCCCAGCGUUAUUGCACCACCAGCGAUGUACCCGGGUCUUCUGCGACCAACAGCGGCGUGGCAUCCAUCAUUUCAGGCGACGAUUCCCUCUCCAUCCGGCUUCAUGGUAGAUGACCUCCUGCGCUUUGGUAGACCGGCAUACUUGAACCGACCGGUCCCGGCGCCGAGCAGCUCUCCGCCACUUUCUAUAACCCACAACAUGCCAGUCAACCACAGCUUACUGGAGCGCGUAACCACCACUGUUUCAAGGACGCAUGUUUCUUGCAACCCUAAAACUUCACCCGCCACCAAAGAUCCAGCUUAUCUGAAAUUCGGAAUGAACGCUAUUCUGGCACCAUCGCCCAAGAAAGCGUCAUCUCCACCCUGUGUCCAACAUCCACACGCCAAGGCAUUCUCCUUCCCUUAUGUUGACGGAUCAUUUUACCCGUUCGUCCGGUCAUCAUACUUCCCAGCUUCCUCAUCUGUGGUUCCGAUCCCAGGGACUUUUGCCUGGCCGUUGGCUGCCAGAGGAAAGCCGAGAAGAGGCAUGCUCAGACGGGCCGUCUUCUCUGAUGUGCAGCGCAAAGCCCUGGAGAAAAUGUUCCAGAAGCAGAAAUACAUCAGCAAGCCUGACAGGAAGAAACUCGCUGCCAAACUUGGCCUUAAAGACUCACAGGUCAAAAUCUGGUUCCAGAACCGGCGUAUGAAAUGGAGGAAUUCAAAGGAGAGAGAGCUGCUGUCCUCGGGUGGUUGCAGGGAGCAAACUCUUCCCACGAAAACCAACCCUAAUCCAGAUCUCAGCGAUGUUUGCAAGAAGUCCUCAGAGGAAGACGACGACGACGAGGAGGCGUUCGACGGAGAAAGUGCGAGCGCACCACACUUCUGCCAUUCACCAGCAACACGCGACCUCUCCAGAAGCGUCACAUCGAGCAUGUCGUCUCCAUCGCUCUCCAGCAAACAUUCGGACUUUUCAGACUCAGAAGACGAAAUUACCGUCUCGUAACCAGUCUCCAUGUGGUCCUCAAACUGACUGUUAAUAAGCACAAAAAUAUGAGGCUACUUAUAAGAGGAUGUAUCCGUUUAAUUUAAUCCAAUUCAUUCAAAAGAAUGUAUCUCAUUGUUAUCUCUCAGAUCGCAGGCAGUGGAUGUUAAUAUCAGGAUAUACUUCUUAAAUGAUUUGCUGUCUUGCACAGCUUUUUAGAACUGUACAGUGUUUUGUACAAUUAUUUUUGUAUGGAUAUUUUAUACCAAGAAUAUUAAGAUGACUGAACUUUCCAUAUAGAUAUAAUUUUAUAUUAAGAACUGUAGACAUUUUGUGUAUAAUUUAUAUGGAUUUAUGUUGUAUUUUACAGCACACAUUUGUGUUAAUGUUUUGUACAGAUACCAAGUAAAUUUUUAGACCAA